AUGGACAGCCCGAUGGAUGGGUCCGGCGGCUCGUCCUCGGCGCCGGGUUCGACGCCGACGGCUACGGCGACGACGCCUCACAGUGGUGUUGGGGUGACUGCUGCCGGUGGUACCACCACCACCAAGUCGCCUAGCGUUGCGAUGCCGUUGGGAAGUAUUUCGGCGGCGAGCAGCAGCAUUGGUGGUUCUUCUACGACGAGUACGACGGUCUCGGCUUCGGGUGCUGGUGCUGGUGCUGGUGCUGGUGCUGGGAGGGGGAGCACGCCUGGUACUGGUGGUACUACAACUACUCCUGGUGCUGCCACGGCGAAUACUGGCGCAACUGUUGUCUCGAGGCGGUCGCAUCCCAAGUCGAGGACGGGGUGUAGGACGUGUAAGAAUCGGAAGAUUAAAUCCCAACGGCACUCCUCCUCAUCCGUCCCGCGCUCGCCGGGCAGCAUCCCGACCCCGGGAGGGCCCGUCAACGGCGACGCCAUCGGGGGCGGGGCCGGUGUUGGUCUCAGCCUCGGCAAUGGCGGAGGCAUCGACGACCUCUCCCUCAACCUCAUCGACCUGGAACUCAUGCACAACUUCACCACGUUCGCCUUCAACACGCUCUCGACGGACCCCGUGGUGCGGCAGAUGUGGAAGGUACCCGUCGUCCGGCUGGCGCUCGAGUGCGACUACGUCAUGCGCGCGCUGCUGAGCGUGUCGGCGCUGCACCUCGCGCACAACAGACCCGAGAGGCGGGAUUUCUUUAUUAGUCGGGCCCUGACAUAUCACCAGAUGGCGAGCCGGACGGCCAUGGGUUUGAUGGGUGCGCUGGACGGGGAGAAUUGUGAAAAGUUAUAUCUGUUUUCGGUCUUGACCAUCUUUUUUGACUCCCUCAUCAUGGGCGAAUCCUCCUUCCCAGACUGGCUCUUCCUCCUCCGAGGCACCCGCUCCCUCCUCAAAGAACUCGACCCGCACACCUACGCGGGCCCGCUAACACCAAUGUUCAACCACGGCCGCGAGCGCUACAUGCACACCCGCGAUGAUUCAAAGAUCCAAUCGGACCUCCUCGCGGACCUCCAGCGCCUCGUCAACAAAACUUGCGCCGACGCCGCGCUCUUGCCAAUCUACAACCGCGCCAUUGACGAGCUGCGGCGGACGCUGAGCGUGUUUUUGUGGGACGGGGGUAGAGGGAUGGAUAUCACGGAUGCCUUUGUGUGGAAGUAUCUCAUGGCGGAGGAUUUCUUGCCGCUGUUGAAGAGUCCCGGGCACACGCAGGAGGCUGUGGCGAUUUUUUCGCAUUUUUGUAUAUUGCUCAAGAGGUUGGAGAAUGAGUGGUGGCUUCAGGGGUGGGCCACGCAUUUGAUUUCGAGGGCGUGGGCUGUGCUUGAUCAGGAUCAUCGGCUUUGGAUUCAGUGGCCUAUUGAGGAGCUUGGGUGGGUGCCGCCUUGA